AUGACCAUUCACAAUAAUGUGUCAUAUGAGAUUCUUACACAUCUCAAAAAGCAUGGCCUAGAUGUGACCAUUCACAAUAAUGUGUCAUAUGAGAUUCUUACACAUCUCAAAAAGUAUGGCCUACAUGUAACCAUUCAUAAUAAUGUGUCAUAUGAGAUUCUUACACAUCUCAAGAAGCAUUGCCUAGAUGUGACCAUUCACAAUAAUGUGUCAUAUGAGAUUCUUACACAUCUCAAAAAGCAUGGCCUACAUGUGACCAUUCAUAAUAGUGUGUCAUAUGAGAUUCUUGCACAUCUCAAAAAGCAUGGCCUAGAUGUGACCAUUCACAAUAAUGUGUCAUAUGAGAUUCUUACACAUCUCAAAAAGCAUGGCCUACAUGUGACCAUUCAUAAUAUUAUAGGUCGUGCUUUUAUCAACCGUGAUCGAGAAGCUGCAGAUCUUCGACUUUAUCAAGAUUACUUUUCAAGUAAUCCAGUGUACAAUGAUACAAUGUUCCGACGGAGAUUUCGAAUGUCUCGAAGAUUAUUUAUGCGUGUCCUUGACGCAAUAAAAGCACAUAAUAUCUAUUUUCAGCAACGAAUUGAUCGUGCCGGUAAGUUUGGUUUAUCACCUUUCCAAAGGAUGUUAGCAUAUGGAUUACCCGCAGAUGCUACAAAUGAAUAUAUUAGAAUAGGUGAAUCAACAACAAUUGAAAGUGUGAAGAGGUUUUGUAGAGCAAUAGUUCAGAUAUUUUCAGAACAAUAUUUAAGAUCACCAACAGUCAAUGAUGUGGCUAGACUUCUUCACAUUAAUGAACAACGUGAUUUUCCAAGUCAAGGUAUUGCUCCUCCCUGUUAUUAUGUCAUUCAAGGAAAAGAAUAUAGGGGUUAUUAUUUGGCUGAUAAUAUAUAUCUGAAAUGGUCAACUAUUGUUCAAACAAUUCAAGAACCACGUACUCCAAAGAAACAAUAUUUUGCAAUGAAACAGGAAGCAUGUAGAAAAGAUGUGGAACGUGCUUUUGGAACUCUCCAAUCUCGUUUCGCAAUUGUGGCAAGACCUGUACGUUUUUGGAGAAAAAAUGUACUGCGUGAUAUUAUGACUACAUGCAUAAUUUUGCAUAAUAUGAUAAUUGAAGAUGAACGCAAUCUCACUAGACCAGGUCAAGUUCCAAGAGAAGCGCCACCCCCGGAUGUAGAAAAGGUGACGGAUGAAAAUAUCCAAUUUCAGGAAUUUAUCGCUCGCCAUAAACAAAUCAGAAACAAAGAGGCCCACAUUGCACUGCGAAAUGCUUUGAUUGAUCAUUUGUGGGAUCAAUAUACUAAUACUAAUGUUUAGUUGCCUUGUAUUUUUCUCGUUCUUAUUUAUGUGUUCUAAUGUAAUUUUCAAUUUAUUAACUAAAUAUUU